AUGGAUAUUGAAUUUUAGAUAAAGGAAAAUAAAGUAGCUAUGCUUAUCAUUGGAAUGGCAGGAACAGGCAAAACUACUUUUGUUUAGGUUAGGAAUCAAUCAAUAUUAUUUAGCAAUUAAGCAAACAAUUAAAAAAUGAAAAGCAUACUUUAAUUAAUCUUGAUCCUGCUGUUUAUUCAUUGCCUUAUGAACCUGAAGAAGAUAUUCGUAAAUCAAUUAACUACAAAGAGUUAAUGACUAAGUAUUACUAUUUAUCAUAACAUUUUAGAAAUAAACUAGGUCCUAAUGGAGCAAUCAUGACUGCACUUAAUCUUUACUCCCUUUAGUUAAACUAAUUAAUAGAAAAAAUAGAAAAAUCAGAUACCACUAUAUAAAUUAUUGAUACUCCAGGAUAAAUCGAAGUUUUUACUUGGUCAGCAUCUGGAAAUUUAAUAUCUUAAACAUUAUCUAUGUCUAUGCCAACAAUAAUAUUUUAUGUUAUUGACAUUGCAAGAUGUUAAAACCCUAAUAGUUUUAUGAGCAAUCUAUUAUUUAGUUGUAGUAUAUUCUACAAAUUUAAAUUACCUAUGGUUAUAGUUUUUAAUAAAUGUGAUGUUGCUGAUUCAAAAAAGCCUUUAGAAUGGUUGAGAGAUUAUGAUUCAUUUACAGAAGCUUUAAAAAAUAAAGAUACUUAUUUAUCUACUUUGAGCAAAUAAAUGGUAUUGACAUUAGAGGAAUUUUAUAAUAACUUUACAGUAUUAGAGGUUUCCUCAUUAACUGGAUAAGGUUUUGAAAAUAUUAAUGAUGUUAUCGCAACUGCCAAGUAAGAAUAUAUGAACAUCACUCUUGUUGAUAUAUAAAAGAAAAUGAAUGAUUAGAAACAAAAGAAUUAUGAUAAAUAAAUCAAUCAAAUAUCUUAAAAAAUUUAGGAUUUGUGA